AUGUCCACUGCUGGUGUGGCGGGAAGAAUCUGCGGCGGCCGUGAGCUGGGAGCUCUGGAGGGUUUCUGGGUCUUCUCCCUGCGGAAAUCGAAGCGAUUUCCGCGCGACCUGAAGCGAGAAGCCGAGUUGGAGAACGCAGACACCAUGGACGCUGCCCAAGCGUUGGCUCUGAAGGAGAGAGGAAAUCUCUGCUUCAAGAAAGGCAUGUUUGAGUCGGCUGUGGAGCUGUACACGAUGGCGAUCGAGUGUGACUCCAGUUGCGCCGUCUACUACACCAACAGGGCCCUUUGCUACAAAAAGAUGGGCAAAUGGUCUCUCGUCUUGGACGACUCCAAAGAGGCAACGCAGCUCCAGAAGGACAAUGUGAAGGCCUACUUCCUUAUGGGCGAAGCUUUGCUCCACCUCAGUACGGUUUCCAAGUGCAUGCGCAGUUCAUUUAGAGAUACUGAUGGGCAGUACGAGCUAGAAGAGGGCCUGAAGUACCUUCUCAAGGCGCGAGCUCUGUCGACUGCAGCGACAACGAUGAGCCAGGAGAUUGACGACGCCAUCCACAACGGAAACAAGAUGCUCUUUUCUCGGAAGAAAGAAGAACGGUCAAAAGAGCGCGCCGAUCUCGCUUCUUUCUUGCGAACCUCAUUGGAGACUUUGUACACAAAUGGAACAGUGCCGCAUUCCGAGUUCGAGCUUCGCAUGCAGCAGUUAGACCGGGUCUUCGAAGAGGCCGAGCAGACAACGCGUCCUUUUGAAGUUCCCAACUGCUUGUCUUGCAGUAUAUCGAUGGCAAUUAUGAAUGACCCAGUUAUUACCCCGAGCGGCAUCACAUACGAGAAAAGUCUUCUUCUCGAGCACCUGCGGCGCAAUGGACAUUUUGAUCCCAUCACCAGUCGAAUGAAAAAGCGUACACUGGGCGCUGCCUGCAGAAAGCCGUGCCCGCCCGACGCUCUAGUCCCGAACUACGGUAUCAAGGAAGCAAUAAAGUGGUUCUUGGGGAAGUAUCCUUGGGCAUACGGCUCUUAG